AAAAAAAAAAAAAAGGAGUGUCUAUAUAAAAUCAGUUGUAUCAGGAAACGCACAUAUCAAUUGCGGGAUCAGGCCGUUGGAGGCUGCUUCCAGAUCGGGUCUAGCGUCUGGCCGGCGCUGCUGCCAAGACAACGGGAUUUUGGGCAGCAAAAAACAAUCAAGUUACCCUUUUCGGCCUUUGUCUGGCGCAACCUCAUUCAUGUCUUCAAAUUCCCUCGUCGACUCCAUCGCUGCGUUUCUCCUCCCGUGCCAGCGUUGUUCUCUUUAUCAUUCUACACCUGCUCUAUCGGAUCCAGUAUCAGAAUAUACAUCGCGUCGUGAUCCUUCUUCUAACUCACCCUCACGUAUUUCUGGGCGCCUAUUAUCUGUCUGUCGUUCAUACAAUCGCCGAUUCGAAAUUUGCCUACAACUAAGGCAAUACAUAGCACUGUGAUAUUGCGCAUAAUAUCUCUACCAUUCUUCUACGUGUAUCAGUAUUUGCACUACGAAAUAGCCCCCUUCCAAUGAACGUUGUGGUCGAUCGAUCUUGACAAUGGAAGCUAGAGCCACAGAGGUUCUAGCAGCGUUGAAAAACCCCAACCUCUCCAUCGAGGCGAAAACGCAACAGCUCACAAAGCUUAAGUCGGAAAUAAAACAGAAAAAUGUACCGGAGGUCGCUAUUUCCACAGUGUUCGAGGCCGUUCGCCAUGCGAUCUCAUCACAACACUCGUCGCUUUCAGCAGGGGGCUUCUCCUCCUUAGGCCAUCUCCUCAAACGACUUUACCUCCAAGAGCUCCAUCAGGCCGUCGCUGCUCAAGGCCGCUCCACUUACCCCCUACUUCUUGAGCGAUUAGGUGACCAUAAAGAACGCGUUCGCUCACAGGCUGCCCAAGCAUUCAGUGACUUUUGGGAGUCUUCUCCCGUGGAAGUUGAGCACCACGUUCUGGAAGUUGCGUUGGUCGGGAAGAAUCCUCGCGCAAAGGAAACUAGUAUGACAUGGCUAGCGACUAUGACUCGGAACCGUGGUGUGCUAUUCCGGACAUACGUGCCAAGCCUUGUCGCCUGCCUCGAAGAUGCUGAUAGUGGAGUCAGGGAAACUGCAAAGGCGACUGUUAUCGAUUUGUUCCAAAAUGCCCCUCCUCGAGCACUGUCGGAUUUGAAGAAGCAACUGCAAUCACAUAAUGUGAGAAAAUCGAUAACCAACUCAAUCCUGUCUAACAUUGGCGUCGAUCAAGAACUUUCCUCGUCCGUGCAGUCUCAGUCAAGAUCUGAUAUCUUGAGACCCGAGAGCAGUUUCUCCAGCCACCGGGAACCUCAACGUCCCAACUCCGUUCUCUCAGUCCGAUCUUAUUCGAACAGCGAAACAGCAAGUAAGGAAGCUAGAAUGGCGUCAGAUUCUGUCCACGGUGAUUCGCACCAGCCAGCUAGAGGGGACCUUCCGCGAAGAGAUGCAGUGUUAUCUCAUAGUGUUAGCGUCGAGUCAUUCCCCGCCGUUACUGGGAACCCCGAAAUUGUUGAGCCGGAAACAGUAGACCCACUCUACCUCAAUUCACAUCGAGAAUUGGAUGAAGUAUUUCGUGAAAUGCUGCCUCAUUUUGAAGGCAGAGAAUCAGAACAGAAUUGGAUUCAUCGCGAGAGGAGUGUUUUGAAACUGCGAAGAAUAACGAAGGGCAAUGCGCCUACAGAUUUUCAGCAUAAUUACUUGGUUGGUAUCAAAAGUGUGCUCGACGGCAUACUCAAAACUGUCAAUUCUUUGCGAACAACGCUGUCAGCUGCUGGAUGCAGCUUAAUUCAAGAUAUUGCUCGAGUAAAUGGCCCAGCAAUUGAUCCAAUGGUGGAAGUCCUUUUACAGAAUAUGAUUAAAGUGUGUGCAGGCCUGAAGAAAAUCAGCGCCCAAAACGGUAACCUUACGGUGGAUGCUAUCAUCGGCAAUGUGUCCUACACAUCUAGAAUUAUGCAACACCUUUGGCUUGCAUGUCAGGACAAAAAUGUUCAACCUAGGUUAUUUGUCACAGGGUGGAUACAAACCCUAAUACAGAAGCAUGGGCAUAAAGGAUCGAUUGAACAUAGUGGGGGUGUUGAUGUCCUCGAGAAAUGUAUUAAAAAAGGUCUGGGGGAUGCGAAUCCCGGAGUGAGGGAAAACAUGCGUUCAACAUUUUGGACUUUCGCGAGAAUAUGGGCUGAUAGGGCAGAAGGGAUCAUAUCGACAAUGGAUGCGAAGUCCAAGUCUCUUCUUGAAAGGGAUCCCGGAAAUCCUAAUCUCGAUGCCAAUUCCUUAAACACUAACGGGAAACCCCGAACAGGCAUGGGCAAUAGCGGGCUAGGGGGAUGGUCCAGACUAACACUCAAGGAGACAAUCGCUGCUCAGAAAAAAGCUCGUUUGGCUGCAGCGAAGAAACUACCUGCUCGCCCGGAAUCCGCCCAGUCAUCAUUUCCGGAUUUGAAAUCGUCAAGAUCUUCAAUUCACCGACAACCUGGAACAACAACUCGCACCGUUCCUACAGGGUCCCAUCUUUCUUCCCAAAACACAUCUCUCUCUUCAGCACCAAUGCGCCCCUCUUCGAGGCCCCGACGGCCCGAGUUGAUGCGACCUGCUACCGCUGAUCCAUAUUCAUCUCGUAAUAGACCUGUGCAUAGCACAUCCCAGUCAAAAUUAACAAGUCCCUCAGAGAGUCCCCAGAAGCCUAGGAGUAAAACCACAUCGACUCCGGGGAGAAAAAAUCCAACACCUGCCCGUCCCAAAUCAAGACUUGACACUAGUGCGCCUGUAAGCACGGCAAAGCCAAAACCCAAACGACUUGACAUUGCUGGGUUAAAACCUGGCGAGGCUCGUUUAAUGGCAGGUCCAGCAAGCAAACCAAAUUACACAUCUGCUGCGGAUGCGAAACCGCUGGCUGCGAGCCCGGCUAGAUCCGAUGACAGUCUACAUAUGGCUUUACCGCAGACUGACAAUAGAAGUACGGAAUUUAUUCCAACCGCCCUUGCUUCGGAUGCCGAAGUGUUCACUCAAAGCAAAUCGGAUUUUAUGACAGACCUCCCUACAUCUGGAUCCUUGGUGAUGGCUCACGGUACCCCUUUAAGCCAUCGCCGUUUGAGCAGCAGCGACACCUCUGUUUCCCGUAUCCCUAUGUCGCCAUCUCUCCAAUCAAAAGUUCAUUCGGAGGAGCGUUUGGCGUUGCCGACCAGCCCUAGCAGGCGCUCUUCCAAUAAUUAUGACGACACCGUGCCACAGGCCUCUCCAGCGGGUCGACUUUCUAUUCCUAGUAUUGAGGCUAGCCAUCCUGCAGAGACCCUCAAAGUCUAUGAGGACCCCCAGUCUCCAAAUGCUAAAGAAAAUGUCGGCCACCCUGGUCCACUUGGACUCUCUCCGAGGUCUUCCCAUUCACCCGCCAAGGCUGCUCCGCUUGAAGAACUUCCAAUCAACGAACCGGCGAACACGCCAAGUCGAAAAUAUAAUCAGCAACAAGAGCCCUCAGGGUUCUCACCUUCAGCCAGUGUCGCUACCCCCGGAAGUGAAAAUUUGCACCGGCGAUGGAAAAAGGUGGAGAUUUUAGAGAGACGAAGAAGCCUGAGCCCACGAUCCAAGGAUCCAUCACGAGGGCGAGAUAUGGUUGAUAGAGGGCUUAAUAAAAUCCGAACAGGAGCCAUCGACGUGCAUGGGUACCGAAAGGUGCAGAGCUUGAUCAAAUAUCAUGAGUCAAUAUUUCAUGACAAAGCCAAAUAUGGUGCAACAUUAAUGGUGUUGUUAGAAGCCCUCGAAGCGCCAGACACUGACAGGAAGUCAACGACUGGUCGACCAAUGGAUCUCAAAACACAGGUACUAGUGACUAUUCGCUUGUUGUUCUCGAUGAAUCGUGACUACUUUGCUACGUACAAUGCUAGAGCCAUGACGGCAAUCAUUACGGCCCGCAAACACUACGAACUUACAAACCAUAUCGUCAGCGGUCUCGAGGAAACAGCAGAGGAUAUUGUUCAAGCUUGCGACCCCGCAGAUGUCAUUGAUGCAAUUUUGGAUCUUCUCGAGUCGGAAGAGAAGUCUCCCGACAGCCAUCGAAUGAUUUCCAUGGGUGGAUACAUCCUCAGCGGGCUCCUACGUCGACUUAACGAAAAAAACCUAUUCCUCAGUGAGCCAGAGUUGGAACGACUUGGCAACUUUGCCAAUCAAAGCCUCAAAGAUCCCCAACCAGACAUACGCCGAGCUGUGAUGGAGUUCUGCUUAGAGCUGCACGAGAUGGUCAAGCCAGAGGAAGCCUUUUGGCGCACGAUUACCGAAGAACACCGUCCUUUGCUAACCUAUUAUAUUGUGAGAAAGCCUGGAAGAUGAUCGAUCACCCUAGAAGCGGAUUCUUAAGAAUUCGUGACCUCGAUCAGUAGUUGACACACACGUACAGCCUUUUUUUUCUCUUGCACUAUUGGACUUAUUAUUCUCUGUUUCCCUCCUUUCAAACUCUAGUCCCCCUGUUACAAAGAAUCCUCCGCUUUUUUCUCGCGACUCUUUGCUCUCUCUGUUUAGUUCGGAGCUAUUUUCUUGAUGUUUGCCUGGUGUUAUAUCAUCAUGACUCCUGUUGAUAGCGUUAUCGGAGUACGUGUAGUUUUUUAUCUUCCUUCUUUUUCUACCUUCUCUCUUCUAUACCUCCACCUCUAUUAUUCAACUUUUCAAUUCAUCUCUCUUCACCUUCCUAAAAAGCACAUCCUUGCAGUGGUAUUAAGUGAUUUUUAAUUGUAUAUUUUGAUUUUGAUUUUUAUCCCUUCUUCGGUUUUCUUCUUGUUUUCAUUUAUCAUUUAUUUUCUUUAUUCCUCUUCUCCGGAUUCUUUUUCUUUCUUUCUUUCUUUCUUUCUUUCUUUCUUUCUUUUUUCU